AUGGACGUACUAACGACUGUUUCUCUCUCGGUCUCAUUAGAAAUUGGUGGUGGAUUAUAUUACCCAGUGUGUCCUAUGCCAUAUCCAAGAGGUUUUGGUCCACAGUCACCGAUAACUCAUACGAACUAUAGAAGACCUUUCCUUAAUUCUUCUCUCGUCGCUCGUCCGACAUUUUAUCAUUCGACACGAUUCCGACACUACCCCUUUCGGAAAAAUGUGACUAAUACAGAAGUACAGACGGACAGCGAGACUAAACUAGAGCAAACCAAGAGGACGGAUGUGAGUGCUGAAACUUCGGCAGCCCCCGAGGCACGAGUUCAGAAGUCUUCAGGCAUCGAGACCAAUUCGGAUAGUACAGCUGUACCUGCCCAAGAAAAAGUGUCUCACAAGGCAAUUGGAGGUGAACUAAAUGAAACUGAAGAAACGAGCAGCGCGCUGGCACCUAAAAGCACCAAACCAGGUGGAUAUGCAUUUCAAAAGGAGAAGAUCAGAAUAGAAUGUAAUGAGGGAGCUCCUUCUAUUAACGUGUGGCGGUCCUUUGAGGCCACGGUUCCGAUAUACAAUCCUACCCCCAAUAAAGGAGAGGAUCGUAUCCAAUGUGAAAUGUGGUCCGUGAGCGCAUGUGAGGGCGGAGUUCCCUUUUACGGUUCGUUCGAGCCAGACAAGAUGAUUCCCAAAACAGAAGUUCGCAAAGAAGUGUUGCUGGAUUCCAACAAGUCUCCAGGAGGCGGCCGUGAGUCGAAGGCUCCGGGAGACGAGGUUUCCCGCUGCGCGGCCCCGCCUGACAAAGUGGAACCCGCGCCAUGGAAAGCCAAUGGGAGCCGCAAGUGUCCAACAAGCACAUGCCAACAUGAGCUGCCCGAGAAACCUGCACACCAAAGGAGCCCGCGAGGAGUUUUAAAUACAAAUGGAAUUGGGGGAAAGGAUGAAACCAGGAACAGGGAGCUGCUGACUUCACCUGGAUCACCGAAUGAUGAUAAAAUGGGUGAGGGGUCGAAGAGUGAUGCGUCUCUGGAAUCUGUUGAAGAGUACGUACCUUCUGCGAGUGUGUUGGCUUGGUUACAGAACCAAGCGCGAACUUACCGCAGGAAAGCUAGUCUUCCAAUCCCGAGACAUCCACCAGGAGUGUUGCAGGGCUCUUUUGAAGAAAUGUCUUCCAAAGAUGAAGAGUCGUCGUUUGACUUUUUUGAUGCCAUGCCCGGAGGAAACCAGGUGUCCUACACUCACCUAAUGUGCAAUCCGCGCCGUCAGGUGCUUUCCACCUCGAAGCCUCGGAGUGGCAACAAGACUUUGGAGAGCCCGCUUGCUUCUGAGCAAAAGAGGGUUUGCAGCGUCUGUCAGAAAGAGACGUUCGUGAAAGCGAAGAGCGCCAGUGCAGGCUGUCCAACUCUCUCGCCUAAUCGGGACGUGGGGAGCGACGCCCUUUCAGAGAGGGACCAUUUCAGCAAAGAUCACUCAGUUGGCGGCAAUUCAGGGACCAGCGGGCGGCGAAAAUACCGCAGGGUCUCCCGGGAAUCCAGUAGCUCAAACAAAAACAAGAAAACCCGAUAUUCCUCCGAUUCCGAACAGGCUUCGGAGGAGCAGGACAAUGAACCCCGAGCGGAGAAUGCCAAUCUCGGUGGUCCCUCUCGGAGGAAGGUCGUUCGGAGGACAUCCAAAGUCUCGUCAACAACCCAAUCAUCCAGCCGACCACAGCCAGAAAAACCGAGGGCGAAGAAGAAGACGUUGGACGCGGCUAAAUAUCCCCUUCACCAACGAGAGCACGUUAAGGCGGGGAACGAACACAGCGAGCGCCAGAAAUUGGGACAAACCGCAAAACCAGAGCGAAAAAAGAAAGAGGAGGAAAAGAGGCGGAAAAGUACACGAAAGGCUAUGAGCGUACAAAAUGGGAGUGAGGAGUCUGUGGAUGAAUACUGGAAUAAAGUUGGUGCAAAACCCAAGUCAGCCACUUCACGUGGUGAUGUUGAACAUGAGGCACUGCAACAAAAUGCCAAAGCCAACUGCAAACCAGUUCCCGUUAAGAAAGGCACACGUGAGUUUAAUGAAAUGGAGACUUGGGAUUCAUCCUGUUUGCACGGAUUUCAAGGAAAUUCAUUGAGAAGGAGGACUAGGAAAAAAUGCUAAAUUCAUCUUUGCACCCAGUUCAAGGAAGAAGAUUGAAUCUUUUGAUCUGUAUUUAAGCCACUUGUAUGCCAACACAAUAUGGAGUGAUUUUUAACACUGGUUGAAGACAAU